AUGGGGGCGCCGUACAGGGAUGAGGUGCAGUGGGACGUGGACACCAUCUAUUUGACUCAGGACACCAAGGAGCUCAGCCUGCACGACUUCAUCCAUCUGGAUAACAAAGACCUGGUUCCCAUCAUUGCAGCACUCGAAUACAACCAGUGGUUCAACAAGUUAUCCAUCAAAGAUUACAAACUGCCGUCAGACGUGUGUGAUCAGAUCCUGCGGGUGGUCUCUCGCUCCAGUCGCCUCGAGGAGCUGCUGUUGGAUAACACCGCUCUCCGCAGUGACUUUGCAGUGAAGUUUGCGGCGGCUCUGUCUCAGAAUCCUGCGUCUGCUUUGCACUCUCUCACUCUGAGCAGCAACUCCCUGGAGGACAAAGGUGUCUCCGCUCUCAGCUCACAGUUGGCCAAACUUCCUCUGGGUCUACGACGUCUGAAUCUGUCCAGAACGGGGCUCUCUGCUAAAGGAGUGAACAGUGUGUGUCAGGCUCUGGGCUCGAACCCUGUGAUCUCUUCCAGUCUGAAGCAAUUGGAUUUAUCUGGAAACUCUCUGAGAGGAGACGACAUGCAGCAACUCCUGGGGUUCCUGUCUCAGUCCAACUCUUUGCAGACUCUGGACUUGUCUCACUGUGACGGCUCUGUGGAACAGAUCUGCUGCUCUCUGCUUAGGGGGAAUAUGCAGCACCUCUCUGUCCUCAACCUGUCCAGAAGUGUUUUCUCACACAGAAAGUCUAAGGAGAUCUCAUCUGGGUUCAAAGAGUUCUUCAGUUCAGCUCUGGCUCUGAGCUCCGUGUCUCUGUCUGAAACUCGACUGCCGCUGGACGCUCUCAAGGCGCUGCUCUUGGGGCUUGGCUGUAAUCCUAACCUCAGGGAUGUUUCUCUGGACCUCAGCAGCUGCGACCUGCGCUCCGCUGGUUCCCAGGUUCUGGAAGGAUGCAUCGCUGAGAUCCCGAACAUCACCAGCCUCGACAUCUCUGACAAUGGUCUGGACCUGGACCUUGUGACGUUGCUGGUGUGGCUCUCCAAGAACCGCUCCAUCCGACACCUGGCUCUGGGAAAGAACUUCAGCAACAUCAAAUCCAAGAACCUGGCUCAGGUCCUGGACGGUCUGGUGCACCUCAUUCAAGUGGAGGAUUCGCCCCUGUCGUCUCUCUCUCUGGCUGACUCCAGGCUGAAGUCAGAGCUGUCUUUGGUGCUGAACGCUCUGGGCUCUAACUCGUCUGUGGUGAAGCUGGACAUCAGUGGGAACUCCAUGGGCGACAUUGGUGCUAAGAUGUUGGCCAAAGCUCUGCAGAUCAACACCAAACUGAGGACUCUGGUCUGGGACAGAAAUGGCGUGAGUGCUCAGGGUCUGCAGGACGUGGCCUCAGCGCUGGAGAAGAACUUCACCAUCCGCUUCAUGCCGGUGCCCAUCGUGGACGCGGCGCAGGCUCUAAAGGCCAACCCGGAGAAGACUGAGGCUGCUCUGCUUAAGAUGGAAAAGUUCCUCCUGAGGAACCAUGAGACUCGGAAGUAUCUGCAGGAGCAGGCAUACCGCCUCCAGCAGGGGAUUGUGACCACCACUACCCAGCAGGUGAUGGACUGUGUGUGUGUGAAGGUCCAGGACCAUCUGAACUCUCUGAGGUUCUCUGAGUCCUCCUCAGUUCAGCAGGAUGUGACGACUGCGCAGAGACUGAUGCAGGACGCACGUAGCUCUAAGACGCUGCUGCCCAGCCUGUACCACCUGCAGGACGGCGCCACGCCGGGGCCGUGUGUGAAGGCGAUCCAGGACACGCUGCAUUGUGUGGCCCGAGACGUGGCUCGCGUCAUGGACCAGCAGAUGCAGUCCCUCCUGGAGCAGAUGGUGUCCUCGGCCCAGACCCUGUGUCCUCACGUGAUGCAGAGAACGUCUCUGAGGUCGGAUCUUCUUCAGCGAGGGGCAAAGAAGAGGGUCAUCUCUGAGGACUUCAUCUGCUCUACGCUGCUGGAGCAGACCGGAGUGGACCUGUGCAACAAGAUCAGUGAGGUCAAACUCAAUAUGGCAUCCUUCCUCUCGGACAGAAUCGUGGACGAGAUCCUGGAGUCUCUGUCCCAGUGUCAGUCCACACUGUCGGAGCACGUGAAGCUGCGGCGUCGGCCUCUGGAGAAGGACACUCCGUCUGAACCUGAGGUCAUCGACAAGACCGAGCUGCAAGAGGAAGUGGCCAGCCGGAGAGUGCCCAACCAGGAAGUGCCCAAUCAAGAAGGGCCCGACAAGAUAGUUUCCAACCAGGAAGUGGCGGAGGUCAGCAAGCCCUCAGGCGAUUCCAGCUCCAGCAUGAUGAAGUCCAAGAGGAAGAGUAUCCUGGUGCGGAUGCUGCGGCCGGUGUCGGUGGCCUUUGAGAUGGAGUUUGAUUUGGACAAAGCCUUGGAGGAAGUUCCAAUCCACAUGGAGGACCCACUGCCCGCUAACAUGCCAUUGGACAGAGUGACCGAAGCCCCGCCCCCAGACCUGCCCCCACUCCAGAUCCAGACUCUCGACCACCAGACCAAGUCCAGACCCAAACCCAAUAGACGCACCAAACCGACCAAAGCCAAGUGUGCAGUGGCGCCCCUUGGUGUGGACGCAGAGCACAAACUGGAUGAAGGCCUCGACGACUUCUUCUGCAAAUCUGUCUCCAAACUACACUCCGGUGCGAAGCAAGCGGUGGCGCGCAGCAGCUCACAGGAGACCAGGAGGAAGAGCGGCUUCUUCAACUACAUCAAGUCUCGAACGUCUCGCUCUGAGAAAAAUCAGGGUGUGGCGGCCAUUACUCCUCCAACCUCUCCUUCUACUGCUGGUGCUGCAAAUGCCAGCAGAGCUCAGGAUACUGCAGUGCCCCCUGGUGACCAAGAGGACCAGCAGCCGUCCACAGUGACCACAGGGACCACAGAGGCUGGAGAGGGAGAGGAGCAGAGGGGUGAAGCUCCAACAGACCGAGACACAAACACUGAGAAGGGUGGAGUCAGAGCCCCGCCCCCUGAGGAGAGCUCGGAUCCAGACCGACCUCAAGCCCUGAAGCCUGCCGCCCCCCCUGCCCUGUGCCACAUGAGGAUGCCUGUCCGGGGGAUGGGGCUCAUGGCCGAGAUGAAAGCCAAACUGGCAGCUCAGAAGUUUGAGACAAAGACUGAAGCCGAAGACCCUGGAGCUGAUGUUUCAGCAGAGCCUGUGGGGUCCAGACCAGAACCAGCUCCAAGAUCCAGAGACCGGACUUCCACUGGAUCUACCAGCCCAACUAGCCCCACAGAACCAGGGCAGUUCCCGGCUCCUCCACUUCCCGUUCCUCGCCUGAAGAGGGCGCUGUCGCAGCAGGACAGAGACCUCAGUGUGGACGGUGAGUCUGCUUCUGACAGUGUUGUGAUCGAGUCCAUGGGAAACGAGAGCACUAAGAGCAGAGCCUGGUCCUCUCUGAAGCGAAACACCAGAUCAGAACAACCAGAAGAGAAGCAGAGGGCCAAGUCUUUGCCCCACCACGUGAGGCCCGGUUCUCUGUGCUCUGAUCCAGAUGAGAGCGCCACCUCCAACACGGACGCAGAACAUACUGAAGCAGGAGGCGGGAGCUAG